GGGAAAAUUGCAUUGAUAAGAAAACGCAGGCAGGGAUAGAUUCGAAGGCGAGAUCCAGCAGAAAUUGCAGUGCGCGCAGCUUCACCCAAUCACAGAUUUAACAGCAACGAUUCAAAUCUCCUUCUCCUUCUUUUGGUUCCAACCAUGUGGGGCACAAUCGCCAACUUGAAGGAGAACUUGAACAAGAUUGCUCUCGACGUUCACUACGCCGACGACGACGACGACGACGACGACGCCGUUUUCACCGCCGCCGUCUCCGAUCGACGCAAUUCUCACAGCUUUGCGCAUUCCAAGUCGCUUCCUAGGUCGCCCCCGCCCAACGGAACAUCAGAUCACCCCUACGCUUCGGAGAUAGAACAAUAUAAAGCUGAAAUCAAGAGACUUCAAGCAUCUGAGGCAGAAAUUAAAGCACUAUCUGUUAAUUAUGCAGCUUUAUUAAAAGAGAAAGAGGAUCAUAUUGUUAGAUUGAAUAAAGAAAAUGGCUCAUUAAAACAGAAUUUGGAGGCUACAAGUCCAGCAUCUGCAAAUGGCGCUUACACAGUCAAGGGAAGUAGUGACCAAUCAUCAAAUCGACAGCAUAGGUUCACAACUCAAACGAAAAAUCGUUAUGCUACAAACAAUGGAACCUCAUUGGCUUUGGAAUCUGAUGCUAUUCAAAGUAAGAUGGUAUCUAAACAUUCAAACUUACAAGUAAAGGACAAGGAGCUAGCAGAUAUGGUAGAAGGAAAAAGUAGCCCCACAGCAGCAGCACAACAUACUCAUGAGAUACGAAAAAUGAACUUGGAACUAGAGCAAGAACGCAAAAAAUUGGCAAAUAUUCAGCUAAAAUUUCAGGAGGAAGAGAAAUUGAACAAGUCUUUCCAGGAGGAGCUUAAAUUGUUAAAGUUGGAAAGAGACAAAACAACAAAUGAGGUGAGCAAAUUACAUGAUGAAUUAAAUGAGAAAAUAUCAGAAAUACGACGUCUGCAAUUGGAGUUGACUAGACGGGAAGGUGAAGAAGCAGGUGGUUCUGUGGAUAGCCUCCAAAAGCAAAUUGAAAUUUUAGAGAAGGAAAACACUACUCUUAAGUUGGAAAAGGAUGAACUUGAGGCUGCACUCAAAUUAAGUAGGGUGUCUGGUAUAAUGUCACCUGAUCCUUCUCAGAUUCAGAACAAGGUUCCAAACAGUAACCGUGAUUUAUCAGAUCCUCCCAAAGGAUUUCCAGGGAAAGAAGACUUGGAAAGAUCCUUACAUAAGCUAAGUAAAGAAUUGAAAGAAACACAAAAGGAGAAGGACAAAGCAAUACAACAAUUGACCCGUCUUAAACAGCAUUUGUUAGAAAAGGAAUCUGAAGAGUCUGAAAAAAUGGACGAGGAUAGCAAAAUCAUUGAAGAACUACGUGACAGCAAUAAUUAUUUACGGGCUCAAAUAUCACAUCUGGAGAGAAAUCUGAAACAGGCAACUGCAAGUCAGGAGAAACAGAGGAUGGAAAAUGACAAUGAAAUUCUUAAGUUUAGGGAAAUAGUUGAUGACCUGAACAAGAAACUUACAAACUGUAUGAGCACAAUAAAUGCUAAGAAUACUGAACUGUUAAAUCUACAGACAGCUCUUGGACAAUAUUAUGCUGAAAUUGAAGCUAAGGAACAUUUAGAAGGAGAUUUGGCUCGUGCAAAGGAAGAAACAUCUAAGCUUUCUCAACUGUUGAAAGAUGCAAAUUUCCGAGUAGAUGCAUUGAUCAGUGAAAAAGAGGAAAUUUUAGCCAAGCUUUCUCAAUCUGAGAAGGUACAAUCAGAAUGUAGAAGUAGAGUAAGCAAGCUCGAAGAAGACAAUUCAAGACUGAGGCGAGCUCUUGAACAGAGUAUGACACGGCUAAAUAGAAUGUCAGUGGAUUCUGAUUUUCUUGUUGACAGGCGCAUUGUGAUAAAAUUACUUGUAACUUAUUUCCAGAGGAACCACAGCAAAGAGGUUUUGGAUCUAAUGGUUCGCAUGCUGGGGUUCUCUAAUGAGGACAAACAAAGAAUAGGUGUUGCUCAACAAGGUCCAGGAAAAGGUGUUGUUCGUGGUGUUCUUGGGUUGCCUGGCCGCCUAGUUGGAGGCAUCUUGGGAGGAAGUGGUUCAACUGAAUCAGCUGUAAAUAUGGGAGCAGAUAACCAGUCCUUUGCAGAUCUGUGGGUUGAUUUUCUUCUCAAGGAAACCGAAGAAAGAGAGAAGAGGGAGUCAGGAGGAACUACAGAUAUAUCUAUGGACGAUUCACAUGAUAGAAGUUUCAAUACUAGUUCUUCUCCACAACAAUCCAAUCGGAGGUUUAGCACUGGAACAACAUCAAUCAUCUCACCCACUAAUCAAAACAUCACUUCUACCCCUAGUGGAUAUUUUCAGCAUUCCGAACAUAUUGGUUCCGAGUUCUCAACAGUUCCCCUUACAUCAUCAGAUAGUAAAACUCCUAGUUCAAAACUUCCUAGAUACUAAAUAUACAUUAUUUGUGUAAUUAAUCAAAAGGUAUAGAUGAUUGACUGAUUGUAGACAUGUAAUCUUGUUCAAUUAAUUCUUUCAUUUCAUUGCCAUCGUCACCCUGUGUGGGAUAUCUUGCAUAAUUUGAAACACUGGAACUGUGGAAAAUUAUCCUAAUGUAUAUGUCAUGUAGUUUCACAUACUUGCCUCUUUAAUAUAGUAUAUUCUCGCA